UUUUCCUCCGUGCGGCUGCUUGGCAUGGGCCUACACCUUCACUAAAGCCUCGGGAUGCCGGAGGAAGGCCCACCGCAGCGCGAUAUGCUCCAGCUCCGCUCCCAUAACAGCCGCAGGCGUGCGAACGCCGUGUUCUGUAACCGGAGCCAGCGCUCCGUACAACCCAUAUGGAUAAACUUUGAGGGGGCGCCUCAGGCCUACCCUAUCCUGCCCCCCCACACCGGCCGCAGGAUGGUCACUUACUUGGGGCACAUCUGGCUCUUCAGAGAUCUUGAUACAAACGUGGGUCUGCUGGCCAACAGAGAAGAGCUCUACGUUCCUUCCCCUAAUGCAAACGCGGAGCCGGUUAUGGUUAACAUAACAUUGCCAGUUUUCAGUCUUAAAGAAUGGUGCAUCCAGGCGAUCAGGAAGAUUGUGAAGCCCGAGGAUUACCGAAAUUUAGACAUUGUUGCGUCUUUAUACGACGACUUGGAAAAUCACCCCAGUGUUGACAAGGACUUGCGCCGAUUGGCUGUUGGAUUCCGGGAACAAUCCAGAUUAUCCAAUCCAGAAGCUUGAAAGCCGCGCUCACGAAUUGUAAUACCCUUUUAGUGCAGCUAGCUGUACAUACUGCACCGAAGUCUAUUUCUCUCCUCUUUGGCACAGAACGGGUUUUUUAUAUUAGAAAAUGAAGUAAAUGCCUAUAUUUGUACUUAUUUGAAGGACCUUAUUUCUACUGAUAAGAAUUAUCUAAUAUCUGUAACGGUGAUGACUACUAGCAUUCUUUUCUUAUUAUGUAUAUAUGUUUAUUACUGUAAACAGAAUUAUUAUUUGCAGUCUAGUUCA